CAGAAAGGAAGUGGAGCUUUUGGAAUUUGGAAAACUGGAAGUGUUGAAUACUUGAAUUGAAAACAGAGACGCCGCAUAGGCAGGUUUUCAGGCCAAGACAGCAAUUCUCCUGUGGAUCAAGCACGAGAGGUAGAAUAUGCAUUCCAUUCGUAGAUUUGUUGCUGCGGGGCAUCAAAACCCUAAUCUCUGGGUUGGAGUCCGGAGCUUAUCGACUUCCGAUGCCGCUUCUCUGAUGAAGAGUGUUGGAUCUUUCAUCGAUUCCCUUGGUCUUAAAUCAGGUGGGACACUGGUGCAGAACUGUGGAGACAGUGAAAUUGGAAAAGUUGUGAUUCAAGUGGCUAAAGAGCGUAAGUUUCAGACCAUAAGCAUAAUUGAGGACAAACCUGGAACUCCUGAGAUAAUUGAAGAGCUUAAGGCACUUGGUGGGGAUAUCGUUGUACCAGAAAGCUACACCAAUACUUGGUAUAUGAAGCGCCUGGUGAGUGAGCUAAGCCCUGCUGCCGGUUUGAAUUUCAGUGAUGGAUACCAGGCAACUGCUGUUUGCAAGGCAGUGGCUGAUGGUGGCACAUUCGUAACAUAUGGGAAGAAAUUGCCGAAGCAUGUUGUUUAUGGUGGUGCAGAACGUAAGCCAGUUGAAUGGAGUGCAUUCCUCAAGGAGAAGAAUCUGAAGGUGUUGAACCUUUAAGACAUUCGAUUUUUUUGUGAUGACUGAUGGAUGUGGAUUGGCCUUCCAGUUAUCAAUUCUCACAGGUCUCUCUCUCCAUUUUUAAUAAAAAUUGGGAGGGAUUAAGUUUUUCUUGAUAUUUUGUAAUGAACUGUUGCUUUUGUUUUUCGUGAUAUUCAUAACAGGAUUUGGAACUUGGAAUUGAUGUGCAUAUUAUGGGAAUAUGCAACUCACGUGCCUAUGCUGUGUUUGUGGGAUUCAUAAAAUGCAGAUUAACUUGGAGCAAAAGUUUACAAUCA